AUGGACGAAUCUACGAAAAAAACUGCUAAACUGGAAAUAAAUAAAUCGUUGUCGCUGAGCAUUUUUAGUAUGCGGCACAUCGGUUUAUCUUUUGAUAAGCCCAAGAACGCCUCUGCUUACUUUCGCCAAAAACUAAUUUUUGUCGCGUCCGUCUGCGGUAUCUGCUGUCACGUUUUCAGUGAAUUCAUUAACAUAGUCCUCACGUUCGCCAGUUCACCUCGUGUCGAAGAUGUCGUUCCGCUCUUUCAUACUUUUGGUUACGGCGCAUUGAGUAUCGCGAAAGUUUUUGUUUUGUGGUACAAAAACACUGUAUUUGGAGAACUAAUAGAUGAACUGGCCGGAAUAUGGCCUAUGCCUCCUCUUGAUGAAAAUGCUUCAAUAAUCAAAGAGAAGAGUCUCGCAGCUUUGCGUGUGAGCCAUCGAUGGUAUUUUGCUGUUAAUGUACUUGGGGUAUGGUUUUAUAAUUUAACACCGAUUAUAAUUUAUUUCUACCGAGCCUGGCAAGGUCAUGACACUCAAAUGGGAUUUGUGUGGGUGUCCUGGUAUCCCUUUGACAAACACCAACCCAUUGCGCAUAUUGCAGUAUACUUAUUUGAAAUAUACGCUGGUGUUACCUGUGUGUGGAUAAUGAUAUCAUCUGACUUGCUAUUUUCUGGAAUGGCGAGUCAUAUUGCUCUUCUGUUACGUAUGCUACAGAAGCGUUUAGAAUCAUUAGGUUCAGUCGAAAAAACUGAUGACGAUCACUACGAAGAAAUACGUUCAAAUAUAAAGCUGCAUCAAAGACUAAUAAGCUACUGCAGUAACUUAGAGGAAGCUUUCUCUCUAUGCAAUCUUAUAAACAUUGUAAUGAGUUCCAUAAACAUUUGCUGUGUAGUCUUCGUCAUUGUGUUACUAGAACCGUUAAUGGCGAUAAGCAAUAAACUUUUCCUAGGAUCAGCAUUAAUCCAAGUAGGAGCGUUGUGUUGGUAUGCGGAUGAUAUUUUUCAUGCGAAUGAAAAUAUAGCUGCAGCUAUUUACAGUAGUGGCUGGUAUAAACUGAAUCCUCGUUGUCGACGUGCUCUAGCUUUUCUUAUUCUCAGAUCUCAAAAACCUCUUGCAUUCACCGCCAUGAAGUUUACUAAUAUAUCACUAGUAACAUAUUCUUCGAUUUUAACAAGAUCGUACUCGUACUUCGCUUUACUUUAUACAAUGUACAACAAGAACUAAAAAGAAUCAAAUGAUAACAAACGUUUUGUAACUGACAUUUCAUAGCCUUUUCAAUAAUUGUAGUGCAUAGUAAAAAUAAAAUUGAAAUAAAAGCUUUAAUUUAUUUUA